UUACACCUGAACCAGGGCCCGAUCGACGACGCAAACCCUAAAACUGCCCCAUCGCGCUCGUCGAUGCGAGGGCGAAACGCCCAUGGAAGAAGACGCUGUGCUCUGCGAUGGAGCUCGCGAGGAGCCUCCAAUGGCGAAUCUCGAUUUUUUUGAACACAAACUUCAAGCAUUACUUGAAGGCACACCAUCUAAUUUUGAGGACUGGACAUCAUUAAUUAGGGAGGUCGAGAAAACUUCACCAAAUGAUAUUGGGGUUAUCAGCAUGGUUUACGACGCCUUCUUAUCAGAGUUUCCUUUAUGCUAUGGUUACUGGAAGAAGUAUGCAAUCCACAAGGCACGCUUAUGUUCGCAUAAGGAAAUGGUUGAAGUGUUUGAGCGAGCAGUUCUAGUGGCAACAUAUUCUGUUGAUCUUUGGGUUAGUUAUUGCAGCUACGCUAUGCUGUUGUAUGAGGACCCUGCUGAUAUUAGAAGAUUAUUUGAGAGAGGCUUACAUUUUGUGGGGAAGAAUUAUUUAUGCCAUCUCCUGUGGGAUAAAUAUAUUGAAUUUGAAUAUUCUCAGAAGCAAUGGAGUUAUCUUGCCAAUAUUUAUAUAAACACCUUGCGAUUUCCCACAAAAAAGUUACAUAGCUACCAUGAGAGGUUUAAAAAGCUGGUUGCCCUGCUGGAAGAGGAGGUGGCUAACAGGAACACAAAAGGACCAGAAAAAGUCUUGUCAAGUGGUGAAGACAAAAAUGAAAAAGAUGGUGAACUUGCUGAUAAAUCAACUGAGAUCAGAGACCUAAUGAAUCGAUUAGAAGAUCUUCCUGGGCUUGAUGCACUUAAAAAGUACAUAUCAGCUGGAGAGCAAUUGUAUAAAAAAUCUAGUCAAAUGGACAGAGAUAUUAGUUGCUUUGAGGCUCGUAUAAGGCGCCAUUAUUUCCAUGUAAAGCCACUUGACGAAAUUCAGCUUCAAAAUUGGCAUCAGUAUCUCGAUUUCUCAGAGAUGCAAGGAGAUUUUGAUUGGACCGUAAAACUUUAUGAGAGAUGUUUAAUUCCUUGUGCUAGUUACCCCGAGUUCUGGAUCCGCUAUGUGGAAUUUGUGGAUGCUAGAGGUGGUCGAGAAAUAGCAAACUAUACUCUUGGACGGGCAUUGUCUUUUUUCUUAAAGAGAGUUCCAACUUUCCGAAUGUACUGUGCUAUGUUCAAAGAGCAAAUUGGUGAUUUUCCUGGCGCUCGUACACUAUUUCUUGACAGUGGGGCAGAUCGGGCAUCUGAUCUCCUUGCAAAUGUUAACAGAGAGGCAAAUAUGGAAAAACGCAUGGGUAAUGCGGAAGCAGCUUAUAAGAUAUAUGAGAAAGCAAUUGAGAUGGCUAAAGAAAAGCAGAGCUUGCAAGUUAUCUCAGCUCUUUAUGCAAAUUUUGCUCAGUUUACAUUUGUGGCUACUGGAAGCAUAGAUGCUGCUUCUGAAGUCUUCUGGAAGGGAAUCCGACAAUCACCAUGCAAGACCAUAAUAAAGGGAUUGAUACAAUUCAUUGGCACGCAAGGAGGGGCAGAACAGCUACCCAAAUUAGAUUCUAUUAUAGCAAAUGCAUUAACUCCGGGAUCUGAUGUAUCUCAUGUUUUAAGCUCUGACGACCGAGAAGACAUUUCAUUGUCAUUUUUAGAGUUUGUUGAUCGUUUCGGAAGUAUUCAAGAAAUUAGAAAGGCAUGGGCUCGACAUACAAAACUAUUUCCACACGUAGUGAGGUAAUGGUAGUUCUGAACAUAUAAGUAAAUUUGAACCUUCACAAGAGGUCAAUUCUGAAGUGCUAUGUCAGGAAGCUAAAGACAAAGAGUUCCAAUUAGAAAAAGCCCAAAGCCCUGAAGGGAUAU